AUGCAGGUCAUCAACGGCGCGGUGUCGACGGAGGAAGAUGCAUGCGCUCCAGAUUCGAGCCUCGUCGUGAUUGUGACGGAAAAGCACAAGCCUGGUGGAAUGGCAAGGAGACCGUUUGUGUUUGACCUGGAGUCGAGGUCUAAUCAAGGUGCCGCCGGGAAGCACCGGCUGCUGGAUGGAAAUGGCGCAACGGCAGAGGAUGGGGAUCCAGCGGACGUUUCCGUCCCUAUCACGGAUGCAGUUGACGCAAAAUGGUGUUGGUGCUCUGGAGUAUGA